AUGCUUUCGUCAAAGAAAUGUAAAAUAGACAAAUCGGAGACAAAUGGUAAUGAGAGCGACCAUACAAGUACACGUUCUGAAUCAACAGUCAACUUAGAUUUUCAUCCAUUGACUGAACCUAUUCGACAAUUGCAUGAUAAAUUUACGCAUCUUACUUCAGCAGAUUGUAUUGCACAUCCACUAUCUCAAUUAGACGAAUGGAAGUGUGAAAGUUAUCGUUUAAUUGAUCAACUAUAUGAAAUGAAACGUCAAGAAAUGGAAAUAAUUGUUAAUAAAAAUUUUACUAAAUAUAAAACGGAUCAAUUAAAAUUAAUUAAUGAUUUAAAAAAAGAAAUUCGUAAACAACAUUUAGCACAAGUUGAACAUCAAGAUGAAGUGUUAAAACGACGAAUGGAACAUGUUGAACAAGAUUUAGUCGAAUUUCAAAAGAAUUUUAUUCAAAUUGAAACAAAACCAUUACAAGUUGAUUCUGAUUAUAUUCAUGUUCAAACAAGUUAUAUUAAAUAUUUUAAUGGUGGUUCACUAUUAUCAAAUGAACAAGAAUUAAAAUUAAAUGAAUUUUAUGGUGGAGGAAAUGCGAAUGAACAACAAUGGGAAUUAUUAUAUAAAGCUAGUCGAAAUGGAUUUUGUGCUGAAGAUUUUCAUCGUCUAUGUGAUGGUAAAGGUGCAACAAUGACCAUUAUUCAAUCAAAUGAUGAUGUUGGAUAUUUAUUUGGAGGAUUUACAACGGUAUCAUGGAGUUCCACAUGUAGUUGGCAACCAGAUCCUCAAGCCUUCUUAUUUACUCUCACAAAUCCUCAUAAUAUUCCAUCAACAAAAUAUAAUGUUAAAGAAAAAUCAAUGCAGUUUGCUGUUUAUCAUGAUGCAACAGUUGGUCCAUCAUUUGGCGGUGAUAUUUGUGUAAAAAAUAACAGUAAUGCUUUUAUACGCUUUCCUGUUACAUAUUUGGAUACUACACAUUAUGGUGAUAAAACAUUUACGGGCAAUAAACAUAUGACAAUCUCAGAUAUUGAAAUUUAUAAAAUAGAUUAUAAUGACAAUUUAGAGCGAAAAUUAAAUAUUAGUAUUCAAUUAGCGUGUGUUGUUGAUGAAGAAAGUGGUGCUUGUUCGUCGAUUGUGGUUCGUUAUUUAUUAGAUAAAAAGUUAAUGUCGCGUUUGGGUGCUAUUUAUUUGUAUCCAGUCACAAAUGUCAUUGAUAGACAUGGACGACUGCUGCGGUUGUAUGAUACACAGUCACUCAUUAGGGUUCGUGCAUAUGGGUGGGUUUUGACGGAUUGA